CGUUCGACUAUAAAGGUAUACCUACCAUUUGAUUCGCCAAGUCAGUAUGGUCAUAAGCGUCACUUGAGCGUGAUUCAAUCUGUGAAAAUUUCUUGAACAAAAUAGAAGAUUGGUGAUUUUUGGUUUAAAAGGAAGAGUGAAAUCGUGGACAAUGGAUCGUUGGAUUGGGAAGACAGCUGUCGUAACUGGAGCUAGUUCUGGAAUAGGAGCUGCGAUUGUAAUCGAUUUAGUGAAGGCUGGAGUGAAUGUGGUUGGUUUGGCUCGACGUAAAGAACGCAUUGAUGCGUUAAGAGAUAAUUUACCAGCUUCGGCCACUGGUACACUAUAUGCGAUCAAAUGUGAUUUGACUCAAGAGUCUGACAUUAAGAAUGCAUUCAAUUGGGUCGAAGCCAAUUUGGGAGGUACUGACAUUUUAAUCAACAACGCCGGCAUCAUUAAAACAAUGAAUCUACUCGAUCCGGAAAAUACAGACAAUUUACGCGAAACUAUUGAUACAAAUGUUCUGGGUGUUGUGCUUUGCUCGCGAGAAGCCUUUCAUUCGAUGCAAAAACGCAAUUUCGAUGGACACAUCAUUCAUAUUAAUAGCUGUGCCGGCCAUAAAAUCCCAUACUUUGUUGGACUGUACCCAUCGUUUAACAUUUAUCCAUCGACAAAAUAUGCUGUGACGGCUUUGACCGAGGUCAUGAGACAGGAGCUACAGAAUUUUGGCACAAAAGUCAAAGUGACUAGCAUCUCGCCAGGUGCUGUGAGAACGGAGAUCUUUAAGCCAGAAAUCAUGGAAAUUAUAAAAAACAUUCCAUUUUUGGACCCUGAAGAUGUAUCACAAGCCGUUAUGUAUGCACUCGCCACAAAACCUCAUGUUCAGGUUCACGAGUUAAUUAUAAAGCCAAUUGGUGAACAAGCAUGAAAAAUUAAUGUCGACUUCUUUUAAAAUUCGAAGUUAAAAAAAACUAUAUAACUUAAUUCUAUAUUGUUUUAUGUUUUAUAUAUUUGUUUUUACUGAAUGGAUCAAUAAAUAAUAUCGAUAUGAGAAAAAAAA